AUGCUUAUCCUUAUCCCCGGCAUAACUGGCAACCUGGGCCAUCAUCUUGCCAAGGCUGCCCUUCAUCGUGGCCACAAUGUCCGAGGCAUGGGCCGCACCCCCGAUAAGUUGGAUUCAAACAUCCGGCCGCAGCUUGAAUCCUUUGUCGUCGAAGGACGCGGUGUAGAUCCGGGGUACGACGCGGCAUGCAAAGACCGAGCGGGUAUAAAGCGUUUCCACGCCUCGAGUUGGAACUUGGACUGGGAGAAUUUUCCCCUUGGCGAGAUCGAGACAUACGACAGCAUGUUGAUCUUUGCGACCCACGCUCGUUUGACCAGCACCAUCCGCCCUACUUACUCUCUGGUGGGCAUCCUCGCCAACACUCUCUUCGGUGUGCCGGGCGCAGGUGCCAUGGAAGGGGAGAAUGCUAUCUGGGCCCGAAACACCGACGGCACUCGACUUGUACGCGUUAUGGGCGACGGCAACGCCCGCGUGAACUAUUGCUCCGAGUCGGACGCGGCGAAUUUCAGCGUCGCGCUUAUAACGGGCGACUACGGCGAGACUGGUGGGUUUAAUCGGUUUUGCAGCGACAGCUUCACGUUUCAUGAGCUAGCAGCUGCGUUUGAGAAGGUCCGCGGCGGGAAAGUAGAUGUCACUCAAGUCAUGGGGCUUGACGAAUGCGAGAGGCAGUGGCGUGGAAUGCGAGCUGAAAGUUUGAGAAAAGGAGAGUUGCGGCAGAAGUGGCCCGAGUUUGUCGGGCUGCAGUAUGCAUGGUACACGUUUGGCGGAUCGAGCGUUUCUGCGUUUGAGCCUGUUGAUGCGGCCAAGUGCCCCGAUGUGAAGAGGACGAGCAUCGUGGACUAUAUUCGUGAGAACGAAUAUGUAUAG